GUUGUGUUUGAACACUUAACCCAAUUCCUCCCAUAGCAACUAGAAGGAGCUUCUUUUAUAUAACGCCGAAAUGCAAGCGGAGCUAUGAAACAACUUAUAGUUGCCCGUUAUACACGGUAGCAACUUACAACGUUAACAACCGUAACCGUGUGGCGAUUUUCUGGACUUUUUACUUCUUUUUCCACGUGCCAUUUGCCAUUUUCCAUUUUCCAUGUUGCUCGGACAUCUUUUAUAAUUUAGCAUGAACUCUUUCAGGUUAUUUCGCUUAGCAGAGAUGCAUAAAUAGUCCAUCGCAUUCAAUGUUCCAUUUUCCAUUAAUACUUCAUUCCUGCAUCGAGAUCCAGCCUUACUUUGUAUAUCCUUGUCAUAUUUCACAUUCACAUGCGCAACAAGCAACAGAUUAUAACCUGUCCCAACCUUUCCAUACUUAUACUUAGAAGUUGAUAGAGGCGAGACUAUGAAAAAUGAUUAGUGGCCGAGGAGGUUCUAUGAUGCGAGGUGGCCGUAUUCGGCCUCCUCGAAGGCCUACGACCCAGUCUAGUAACACCGACGAAUUCGAACAGUGCUGGGAGAAGCUCCGCCAAGCUUUGCGCGAUAUACAUCUUCGCAAUGCCGGCAAGCUUUCCUUCGAACAACUUUACCGAUAUUCGUAUAAGAUCGUCCUUAAAAAGGCUGGUCAUAAGCUUUAUGAUAGGGUCAAGGAAUUCGAAGAACAAUGGUUUGCGGAUAAAGUGAUACCUCUCAUUCAAAGUCUUAUUACGAGCAACCUAAUUAGCGUUACGCUCGAAGAAGUCACCGGAACGAGCGUGGUGGAACGACGUGCUAUGGGUGAGAAGUUCAUAAAGGGGAUCCGUGCUUCGUGGGAGGACCACAAUUUUUCGAUGAACAUGAUUGCCGAUGUCCUUAUGUACCUUGAACGCGGUUAUGUUCAGGAUCAUAGCAGACCCUCGAUUUAUACCGCCACCAUCGGCUUAUUCCGCGAUCAUAUCCUCAGGUCAGCCCUCAAACAAGAUGGGGUUGACUGUCCCAUAUUCAAAAUUCUUAACGCCACUAUCAUUGAUCAGAUCAAUAUGGAGAGGGAAGGCGAUGUUAUUGAUAAGGCGCUACUUCACAGCUGUAUUUCGAUGUUUGAGGCUCUCUUCGAAACGGACGAAGAAAACGACAAUGAGCAGCUUUAUGUGACUACCUUCGAGCCCAUUUACAUCGAAAGCAGCGAGGCCUUCUACCAGGCCGAGUGUGAGAAGCUUCUUCGCGAGGGCGACGCCAGCGCGUGGCUUAGAUAUACGCAGAGACGUCUUGCUGAAGAGGCCGAACGAUGUCAGACCACCGUUUCUCCGUUAUCUCUACAGAAGAUCACGCAAGUAGUCGAACGGGAAUUAAUUGUUAAACAUAUGGAUGAAUUCCUUGGCAUGGAAGGAAGUGGUAUCAAUGCAAUGCUUGACAACGAUAGGCUCGAGGAUCUUAGAAUUCUUUAUCAGCUCAUAUCGCGUGUCGAUCCGAAAAAAGUUGUCUUGCGCAACGCCCUUUCUACCCGGGUUAUCGAACAGGGCACCGAAAUAGAGAAGGCACUCAAGAAUACCGAUUUCAGCAUAGCGCAACAAGCCGAUGCAGAGGAACCGGUCGAUGGUACAGAAAAGUCUAAACCGAAGACUUUGAAUGCUGCAGCGCAGCAAACAGCAGCCGCUAUCAAAUGGGUUGAUGAUGUCUUGGUCCUCAAAGAUAAGUAUGAUGAGUACUGGAGAACAUGUUUCGAAAAGGAUCUCAUCUUACAAACGACCUUAACGAAGAGCUUUGCCGACUUCAUCAACGCUUUUAAUAGAAGCUCAGAGUAUGUCUCGCUUUUUAUUGACGAUAAUCUCAAACGAGGUAUUAAGGGCAAGACUGAGGCCGAAGUUGAUACUGUUCUCGACAAGGCGAUAACUCUGCUUCGAUAUCUUGGCGAGAAAGAUAAGUUCGAGCAGUAUUACCAAAAACAUCUAGCCCGUCGAUUGUUACAUGCCAAAUCCGAGAGUCAAGAAGUCGAGCAAGAGAUGAUUUCACGUAUGAAGCGAGAGCUAGGUAAUAAUUUCACGCAGAAAUUUGAGGGCAUGUUUAGAGAUAUGCGUACCUCUAAGGAGGAGACGGAGAAUUAUCGAGAUCAUAUCCGCGGUCUUGGCGAUGUGGACGAGAAACAUAUCGAUUUCAACAUCAGUGUCCUUGCCGGCAACAACUGGCCCAAAGAGAUUAUGGGUCGCACUGGCCUCGCAGACGGGUCCAAAGGCAAGAUAAUCUAUCCACGUGAGAUCCAGGGACUUCAAGAUAGUUUCUUCAAGUUCUACAGCCUGAACCGUAACGGUCGCGUUCUCACUUGGGUCGCAAGCGCAGGGAGCGCGGAUAUUAAAUGUGUAUUUCCAAAGAUUCCUGGCAAGACCUCUGGACCCCUCAGCAAAGAGCGUCGCUACGAACUCAACGUGUCAACAUAUGGCAUGAUCGUGCUCAUGCUUUUUAACGACGUCGCCGAGGACGAAUGGCUAUCGUUUGAGCGUAUCCAGGAAGAAACGAAUAUCCCGCAGUCCGACUUAAUCAAUGCGUUGACAUCACUCUCUGUGAUUAAAGCAUAUCGCGUUCUCCUAAAGGAGUCACAGACAAAGGCAGCGGCUAAACCCGGCGACAGAUUUACAUUCAACCGCGAGUUUACUAGCAAGGCAAUCAAGAUUAAGGUGCCUUCGAUAAAUGCUGCUAAUAGGGUAGAAAACGACGAGGAACGUAAAGAGACCGACCAGAAAAAUGAAGAGACGAGAAUGUACGUUACUGACGCUGCUAUCGUUCGUAUAAUGAAGCAACGUAAGGAACUUGGCCAUUCCCAGCUCAUUACGGAGGUUAUCCAGGUCCUGGCGAGCCGGUUCAAGCCAGAUAUACCGCUUAUUAAGCGUCGAAUCGAAGCAUUAAUAACCCGCGAAUACCUUGAUCGAGCGGAGUUGGCCGAUGGCUCUCCGGCCUACCAAUAUGUAGCCUAGCCACUUAUAGAUCUCAUUCUCCAGAGAUUAGUGACAGAGAGCUCAAUAGCGCGGUAGUCUUCCAAGUCAGAUAAAUCAAGCACUUAGCCGGAAGACACUCGAAAAAAUACACGCAGUGACGUUGUAUAUACUCUUUACGAGUUUAGCGAAUUCGUGUUCCUCGAACGGGCACCGCGCUUAGACCCGACCACAAUUAUCCGGUAGCUUGGAGUUCGAUAGGACAUUGGCGUUACGGAUAUUGUGGAUAUGAGAAUAGUUUUCUGGAUUUGGAUCAGGGUAAACGGCAAACACUUUCUCUACUUGAGAAAAUAAGCCGUAGCCCUAGAAGUCGCAUUAUAUUGCAUAGCAGUUGGGAAAGGGGCGAUUAAAAACAUCAGAAUGGCUGCAUCUAGCUCAUAGAUAUGACAUUAUGUUGUACAUUAGCUUACGAUAACUGCCAUAGUAGAGAUCCUAUAGAUAAUAGAUGUAGGAGUUCGACCA